AUGCCCGAGCCGUGUGCCGCCCAGGCUGCCGGCAAGAUUCCGGCGCGGGCUCAGCACGACGCCCACCUUGCUGGCAGAGCCCGCGUGGGACAGUCCCCACGUGUCAGCAGCCGGCAGGGACACUCCAAGGUCCCCAGCAGUCCAGACACUAUAAGAGGGGUGAGCGGCCCCACCACGGCACUUUUGCUAGGCACAACCAUGCUGGGAGCCGUCUGUCUCGUCGUGCUGCUGGGCUACGCCUACGGAUGCGGUCAGCCGGCCGUGCCACCGCAGCUGAGCUCCCGCGUCGUGGGCGGUGAAGACGCUGUACCCCACAGCUGGCCAUGGCAGAUCUCGCUGCAGUACAGCCGCUCUGGAUCCUGGUACCACACUUGUGGCGGGACCCUCAUUGCCCCCCAGUGGGUGCUGACAGCUGCCCACUGCAUCAGCUCUUCCAUGACCUACCGUGUGGUGCUGGGCAUGCAGGACCUGUCAGAGGAUGACGAGCCCGGUUCUGUGGCCGUGGGUGUGGAGAAGACGAUUGUCCAUGAGGAUUGGGAUUCCUACCUCAUCAUCAAUGACAUUGCCCUGGUCAAGCUGGCAGAGGAGGUGCAGGAGACUGACACCAUCCGUGCCGCCUGCCUGCCGGCUGCUGACAAGAUCCUGCCCAACAACUACCCCUGCUAUGUCACCGGCUGGGGACGCAUCAGGACCAACGGGCCCCUGGCCACGAUCCUGCAGCAGGCUCUGCUGCCUGUGGUGGACUACAAGACCUGCUCCAAGUGGGACUGGUGGGGCAGCCUCGUGCUUGAGACCAUGGUGUGCGCCGGCGGCGACGGCAUCGUCUCUGGAUGCAACGGCGAUUCUGGGGGUCCCCUGAACUGCCAGCGCGAUGAUGGGAUCUGGGAGGUCGACGGCAUCGUCAGCUUCGGCUCCGGCCUGGGCUGCAACAUGAAAAAGAAGCCAACAGUCUUCACCCGGGUGUCCGCCUACAUUGACUGGAUCAACGAGAAAAUGAGCACGAACUGAGGACACAGCAUGGAGCACAAGCGCUGAGUGUGAUAAAGGCAAUAGUGCUAAGCUGGUCUCAUGUGGUUCUUUCGAGGGGACGCGGUGGAGCAGAACCAAGGGGCAGUACCUUGGCUGUACCUUGUUGUCCUGGGCUUCUGCCUGUGUGCUGGGGAGAGCCCCCACAUUGUACAGCAAGGCUGGGCAGGCUCCACAAGUCACUCCCAGCUAAGAGUAAAUCCAUGGCCAUCACCAAGCCAAAGGGUUCAAGGCUUGACUGGUGGUUUGAUGGGAGAGUGGCUGGAAUCUGGCCUGAGGUCCUGGGGGUCUCUAGGGAUCUUGGAGAGGGGCUAUAGGGCCCCUAGUUGGCCCAAGGAGGUUUUAGGUGUCUUGGCAAGAUCCCCUGAAACAGGGAUGUUUCAGGGGAUCUUGCUGGUAUAACUGGGCUACUUGAUGGCAGCAGAUUUAUAAUGGGGGUGUUGAGGCAACUGGGUUGGUCCUGGAGGUCAUUCCGCAGCCCCACCACACUCCCUCCCCCACCUGU